AUGUUAACAAUCAAAGUCAUAAGUUGCUUUCUGAUUUCAACACGUCUGGCAUACAACGUUAUUCGCCUUCGUCAAGAAAAUAAUAGAAAAGGUGGUUUUGCUGAGAUCAUUGGUCUGACGAAUCAUCGUUACAAUCCAGUUAUUACAGCUGUUAUAGCUAUUACACCUAAAAAUCUACUACAGGAUGCUAUUAAUGCUUGCCGCUCUAACUCGGGAGAUGUCAUCGAUAGUACCAGAGUCCAAAUUGUCAAUAUAAGUAAUGAAAGCCAACCAUGCUAUUGCGAAAUUAUACCUGAUAAUUUAUUACCCAAGACCGGAGUAUUACAAGGGAUUAAAAUUUAUUAUGUUCAAACGGAAAAUUUAUUUCAAACACAUAAAGAUCCUUUGACCCGUUUCGUGAAUAUCCUAAAAAGACUUGCAGAGGUUUUUCAACUCAAACAUGAAGCUAUCCAUGUAUUUUAUGAUAAGGAUUCAAGUUCAAUUGCAUUUAAUAGAGGAAAAGCAUUGUAUUUCAAUUUAAAAAUUUAUCUUGAAUUACAUGAAGAAGAAAGUAGUAUUAAAAUUACAAGUAAUGCCAUGACCUAUUGGUUCAUAACAGCUUGUCAUGAAUUAGCGCACAAUUUUACUACUGAACAUAAUUCCACGCAUGAAGUAACGUCAUUUUUCAUCGUUCGUAAUAGUUUAUAUGCAAAGUUUCUUAGAGAUGUUAAAGAAAUAUGA